AUGCAAAGCAAGGAUCACUCCAUUCCCAAGAUCGGGUCCAUGGCGGAGGACAAGGUGGCGGCCGAAGUGGCCGAGUACGUGCGCUUCCACAACGACGACAAGGAGGACCGCACGGCCGAGCGCAAGGGCAAGUACGCGGCCAUGGUCAACGCCUACUACAACCUGGCCACCGACUUUUAUGAGUGGGGCUGGGGUCAGUCCUUCCACUUUGCCGUGCAGGCCUACACCGAGUCCUUCCAGACCUCCAUCGUGCGCCACGAGCACUACCUCGCCCUCCGCCUCCAGUUGGAGAAGGGAUGGCGGGUGCUUGACGUGGGUUGCGGAGUGGGUGGCCCUGCCCGCAACAUCGCCCACUUCGCCAAGUGCAACGUGACGGGCCUCAACAACAACCAAUACCAGGUGGACCGCGCCACGGCGCUCUCGACAAGGCAGGGCCUGAGGGACUCCACCAACUUCGUCAAGGGCGACUUCAUGAAGCAGCCCUUCGAGGACAACACCUUCGAUGCGGUCUACCAGAUCGAGGCGACGGCUCAUGCCCCCGACAAGGUGGGCUGCUACAAAGAAAUCUUCCGCGUGCUGAAGCCGGGCCAGCUGUUCGGCGGAUACGAGUGGUGCCUCACCGACAAGUACGACCCCUCCAAUCCUCAGCACCGUCAGAUCAAAAAGGGAAUUGAGGAGGGAGAUGGCCUUCCCGAUAUCGCCACCUGCAACGAGGUGGUGGAGGCGCUUAAGGAGGCCGGCUUCGAAAUCGUUGAGGCUUUCGACGCAGCACACUUGCACCGCCCCGAUUUCGAUUACCCGUGGUUCUACUACCUCACCCCGGGCUACAAUCGUCCCUCUCGCUUCCAGUUCACGCCCGCGGGCAAGUACCUUACCAAGAAGGUCCUUGGUCUCGCAGAGAAGCUGCACAUCGUGCCCGCCGGCACCAACGGCGUUUCGGGUUUCCUGAUGACCGCCGCGGAGGCCCUGUCGGCAGGAGGAGAGCAGGACCUGUUCACUCCUAUGUUCUUCCACCUUGCGCGCAAGCCCUUGGACAACUGA